AAAGAGGUAUCUGGUGAUUAUGGUGGCAGCAUUAUACAUUCUAACGUACCAUAGAUGAUCGCAUUUACUGGUAAGUGCUUGGAAUUCACUCCAAUGUACGUACGCGCAUAUCCGAGCUCCGAGGCUACAACCUUUACGCGGUAACUGAGAAACCCGGAUAACUGAAAUGGCGGCAAUUCUUCCCUACCGAGCCGAGUACGCCAAGUCGAGCCGUUCCUCGUGUAGGACUUGCCAGUGUACCAUUACAAAAGACACUUUAAGAAUAGCUCGCAUGGUUCAGUCUUAUCACUUUGAUGGAAAGAUUCCUCAUUGGAACCAUUGCGCUUGUUUCUUUAAGAAAUAUCGUCCAAAUUCUACAGCCGACAUUUAUGGCUUUGAUAGCCUUCGAUGGAAUGAUCAGCAGAAUAUCAAAGAUCACACAGGUGAAGCUGAUGAGGUUGCUACAGGAUCUGGAAAGAAACGAAAGAAAACGCAAACAAAUGGAGGACAAAAGAAAGUGAAGGAAGAGGAGAGUGGAGAAGACAUUUCUCGCAGAGAGCAAAGCGAGCUCUUGUGGGGAAUUAGAGACAAGCUGCGUGAGAGUGUAACUACAAGUAGUUUGAAGACGUUAAUGGCACAUAACAAACAGACUUUGUACAAAGGCGGACAGAGUAAUCUGUUGGCACAUGUCAGUGAUGGAAUGGCAUUUGGUGCUCUACAACCUUGUCCUGAGUGCAAAAAUGGCCAACUGAAGUUUCGAAAUGACUCGGAAGGAUACAAUUGUAUGGGUAACCUGACAGAGUGGACAAAGUGCAUGUAUACGACGAAGGAACCGAAGAGAAAGAAAUGGGUCAUUCCGGCAAAAAUGAGGAAAAAGAAUGCUUAUCUGAAGGAGUUCAGGUUUAAGCCAGGACAACGAAGUUUUGGAAGCAGUUCAUCAAAACCUGAAAGCGCAACUGCUGGACAUUCAAGUCAAGCCAAAGGAUUCAGUGAGACUGCAUAUGAUGCUUUUGAUGGCCAAAUAGAAAGGAAAGUAAGAAUGACGCUGAAGGGCAAUGCAAUGGUUGAAUCAGACUCAGGAUUAGAAAGUCGAUGUCAUGUGUUAGAACGCAAGGGUGAUCUGUACAGUGCCACACUUGGUUUGGUUGAUGUUGUCAAGGGGACAAAUUCUUUUUACAAACUGCAAGUUCUAGAGUCGGAUGCAGGACACAGGUGUUAUCUCUAUCGUUCAUGGGGUCGUGUUGGCACUGAAAUUGGUGGCGUCAAAGUUGAGCCUAUGAAGCGUGCUCUCAGUAUUGAUCGCUUCAAGGAAUUGUAUGCAGAAAAAACUGGUAAUUCUUGGGACAAUAGAAAGACUAGCACUAAAAACCCAGGAAAGUUUUAUCCGAUUGAAUUGGAUUAUGGACAGGAAGAUGACGCGGUGAAAACUGCAGUUGCAGGAGCAUCAUCUUCCAAACUUCCACUUCCUGUGCAAAAUUUGGUAAAGAAGAUAUUUGACAUUGAAGCUAUGAAGAGGGCUCUAGUUCAAUUUGAGAUUGAUGUAAAGAAGAUGCCUCUAGGUAAACUUUCAAGACGUCAAAUAGAAAGUGCUUUCAGUGUGCUGACAGAACUUCAAAAGACUUUGCAAGGUGAUCGAAAUCCAUCUAAGAUUCUUGAUGCUUCAAACCGUUUCUAUACCCUUAUUCCACAUGACUUUGGAAUUCAGAUGCCACCCCUGCUUGACUCAGAGGACAUUAUCAAGAUGAAGACAGAGAUGUUAGACAACUUGUUGGAUAUUGAAAUAGCAUACAGUUUGUCUAAAUCUGCUGAUAACCUGGAUGAACAGUAUAAGAGAUUGAAGACUGACAUAGAGGUACUUAGCAAGGACACUGAUGAGUUCAAGAUGCUGGUGGAGUAUGUGGCAAAUACUCAUGCUGCUACUCACAACCUUUAUACUCUCACAGUUAUGGAGAUUUUUAAAGUGAAGCGUCAAGGUGAAGCCAAACGAUAUAAACAGUUUCAGGAACUGGGCAAUCGCAUGUUGUUGUGGCAUGGCUCACGGACAUCCAAUUAUGCUGGUAUCUUGUCACAAGGGCUGAGGAUUGCACCACCUGAAGCUCCAGUGACUGGUUACAUGUUUGGCAAGGGAGUCUACUUUGCUGACAUGGUAACUAAAUCAGCAAACUACUGCCACACAUCAGUUGCUGACUCUGUUGGUCUGAUGCUGUUGUGUGAGGUUGCAUUGGGAGAAAUGUAUGAAAGGACCGAAGCUGAGUAUGUCAAGAAACUUCCAGCCGGAAAGCACAGUACUAAAGGUGUUGGUCAAACUCAGCCCGACCCAGCUGCUGUGCAUAAACGGGAUGAUGGUGCCGUUGUUCCUAUGGGCAAAGCUGUUGGUACUGGAGUUAACUCCCGUUUGCUCUACAACGAAUAUAUUGUUUAUGAUGUGUCUCAAAUUCGAAUGGAUUAUUUGUUCCAGAUGAAGUUUAAUUUUAGGAGAUAAAAGUUUUAAACUCUCAAUAGGUAUUCACUGCAGUUUGUAUCAGCUCUUUCUUGACUUGCAUAGUGUUUUAAGUUAGUUCAAGCUUAACAAAAUUUCUUUUCAUUUUAAGUAGUUAACUUUCAGUUUUGAUUGUUGAUUGGAGUUGUGUUGAGCAAUCACAGCUUGCAGAGGCUUGUGAGUUUGUAUGCAUUAAAAAAAGCUUAUGAGUUUGUAAGCAUUGAAAAACCUAUGAGUUUGUAAGCAUUAAAGUGGUCGGCAAUGCUGGUUCAGUGUGA